AUGAUGUGCAAGUAUUCUCUGCCCUUACUCACCUCGGUGGCUUUUGCGCUGGCAUUUGACAAACAGCCUACGUCUAGUGUGGCCGCGACCCCGACGCUGCUCUCCCAGAGAGCCGUCUCCACCAACGUUGCCUCGUACGUCAAUGAUACCAGUGCGUAUUAUCUGGGAUAUUGUACAGAGGAUUAUAUCAAAUACUUUUUUAAGUAUUAUAAUCCGAAGGUGGCUGCCAUCAGCGAGGAGGUGUCGGCUGGUCUCCAAAUGAGUCCUGAUGCCUCUGCCCUAGCAUUCGAAGCCACCGAGGCGCAUAAGUUGCUGGUACAACCCGGCUACCUCGAGAUCGAGAAUGGCUACGCAACAGAUGCAAACGGGACAUAUAUGGUAACCGCUCGCACAGAGAUGGGUACUGUUACCGGAGAGAUGUACGACUGGUGGUUCGGCUGGCAUCUGGUCGACUCGUCUCGGUACAAGCUCUGGAAUCCAAUCGCGCAUCAAUAUGCCUGGCGCUAUCCGAAUGAAUGGGACUGGACGAACAAAGCCUAUGCUGAGCGCUAUAUCAACACAUUCACUUUCAUCGAUGAGUACCUCGGCGCCGACUCAUCCAAGCUAACAGUCGCCUUCGUCGAUCCUUCCGAGCUGAACAUUGACAAGUCUAAAUGGGCCGAGCAAGGGAUUGAGACCAUGGUUGUUGCUCGUAUUGCUGCUGGAGUGCAUGAAACCUCCGACUUUAACAACCAUAACUGGUUGAUUCACCAGCUUCGCCGCCUGCCUAAUGGACGCACUGAACUGUGCUCUCGCUUCUGGCUGCAGGGGAUCAAUGAUCAGCUUGCUCAUGGCCUUGUGGUUCACUGUAAUAUCGAAAUGACGCAUCUCGCCUCCUUCCUGCCUCAGAUCUUUGAGGAAUACAAAAAUACCAUCUAG